AAUUUAUUAAUUAACCAGCGAACAUUCUAUCUGUAUGGAAUAACUUCUUUGAUAGAAAUAUGUUAUACAGUUUGAUUAACGUGUUCUCGACGUUAUAUCCAUAGAUAUAUGACAUAUAUAUGUAUCUAUACAUUUUGGCGCUAAGAUAAGUUCCUACUUAAAGUUGACAGUUACAGUCGAUGAAUCUACUGCGUACGGAAAAAGUUUCUCGAUUACAUUAGUUUCGAAAUGUCGGCUUUACCACCCACAGUUCAGCUUGAAGAAAAUGAAGAAGUAGAAGAACAAAACCACGUGAGGUUAAUAAAAACUCUCGAAGGAAAUGGUAUAACUGCAGGAGAUAUAAAGAAACUGGAAGAAGCUGGUUAUUACACCAUCGAAUCUGUUGCUUAUGCCACUAAGAAAUGUCUGCUUACUAUCAAGGGUAUCAGUGAAGCCAAAGCAGACAAAAUUUUACAAGAAGCUAGUAAACUAGUUGUGAUGGGAUUUAAAAGUGCUAAUGAAAUUCAUCAAAUAAGAUUGAACAUAGUUUUUAUAUCAACUGGCUCCACUGAGAUGGAUAGAUUAUUGGGAGGUGGUAUAGAGACUGGGUCUAUCACAGAGAUAUUUGGUGAAUUUGCCUCUGGAAAGACCCAAAUAUGCCAUACACUUGCUGUCAAUUGCCAAUUACCUAUAGACAUGGGAGGUGCAGAAGGCAAGUGUUUAUACAUAGACACAGAAGGAACUUUCAGGCCGGAAAGAUUAAUUGCAGUAGCAGAGAGAUACAAAAUUAAAGGGGAUAGUGUACUGGAUAAUGUAGCCUGUGCCAGGGCUUAUAAUACAGAUCAUCAAACUAAACUGGUGGUUCAGGCUAGUGCCAUGAUGGCUGAAUCUAGAUAUGCAUUGUUAAUAGUAGAUAGUGCAACUGGUUUGUACAGAUCUGAAUACAAUGGAAGAGGAGAAUUAGCUGCCAGACAGACACAUUUAAAUAAAUUCCUCAGAAUGCUACUUAGGGUAGCUGAUGAACACGGUGUUGCAGUUGUUAUCACUAAUCAAGUUGUCGCACAAGUUGAUGGUGCUGCUAGUAUGUUUGGUGGUGACACGAAAAAACCAAUUGGCGGUCACAUUUUAGCACAUUCCAGUACUACAAGAUUAUAUUUACGCAAAGGUAGAAGAGAAACUAGGAUAUGUAAAAUUUAUGACUCACCCUGCCUGCCUGAAAGUGAGGCAAUGUUUGCAAUAAAUGGAGAUGGUAUUGGGGAUGUUAAGGAAUAGUAAUAUACUGUUUAUACUGACAUAAACUAUUCAAGAAUGUGCCUUACGAAUAAUGAAUUCCCACUUAUAUUUUAAGAAUACAUGACAUUUUCUUUUAAAUACAGAAUAAAUGUG